UUUCCCUUUAUAAUCUUCCCUUCAAUCAUUCUUCUCAAUUUUAUCAUCAAUGGCUUCUCCAGACACUAGCAAAACCGUUAAGCUAGAACGCUACAAUAGUUACGUUCGUCGAAUAUACUUCACCAAGCUCCUGCAUUCCUCUUCUAAACUCCUCUUUCCAGCCACCAUUAUUAUUGCACUCCUUAUUAUUCUCUUCUUCGCUUUAAAUUAUCCCCCGCUCUCUGAUAAUUCUCCUCCUCAUCACCACGGUCACGCUCUUCUUCUCUCGACUUCUUUAUUCUCCUCCGCGGGCCGCGGAGUCUCUUUGGAGAAGCAGCUCCGUCACUCUGCCACUCCCCGCCGACCCAAUGGUUUCACUGUCUUGGUCACUGGAGCUGCCGGGUUCGUCGGAUUCCAUUGCUCUCUUGCUUUAAAGAAACGGGGCGAUGGGGUUCUUGGAUUGGAUAACUUCAACGAUUAUUAUGAUCCCACCCUUAAAAGAGACAGACAAAAGCUACUUCAAAAGCAUCAGAUUUUCAUUGUAGAAGGUGACUUGAACGAUACGCCGUUGUUGCAUAAGCUUUUUGAUGUUGUACCUUUCACUCACGUCCUGCACUUAGCAGCACAAGCUGGGGUGCGUUACGCCAUUAAGAACCCGCACUCUUACGUGGCAUCCAAUGUGGCCGGCUUCAUCAACCUUCUAGAAGUGUGCAAAUCCGCCAAUCCUCAGCCUUCGAUUGUGUGGGCUUCAUCCAGCUCAGUGUACGGCCUCAACACUGAUGUUCCAUUUUCCGAAUCUGAUAGAACCGAUCAGCCCGCAAGUCUCUACGCAGCAACAAAGAAAGCGGGAGAAGAAAUUGCCCACACGUAUAAUCAUAUUUACGGGCUUGCCCUAACUGGGUUAAGAUUCUUUACCGUAUACGGUCCGUGGGGAAGACCCGACAUGGCCUACUUCUUCUUCACAAAAGACAUACUACAAGGCAAAGCAAUUGACGUGUAUGAAACCCAGGAUGAAAAAGAGGUGGCGCGUGAUUUCACGUACAUUGACGAUGUCGUGAAAGGGUGUCUUGGCGCACUCGACACAGCGGAGAAGAGCACCGGGAGUGGUGGAAAAAAAAAAGGCCCGGCUCAGCUGAGAGUGUACAAUCUCGGAAACACGUCGCCAGUUACAGUGGGGAGAUUGGUUUCAAUCUUGGAGAAUUUAUUAAACACAAAAGCGAAGAAGCAUGUGAUCAGAAUGCCGAGAAAUGGCGAUGUGCCAUUCACGCAUGCAAAUGUGAGCUUGGCGAAUAAGGAUUUCGGGUACAACCCCAGCACGGAUCUCGUGUCAGGAUUGAGGAAAUUUGUGAAAUGGUAUGUUAGUUAUUACCGGAUUCAAUCGAGGGUGAAAAAGGAAAUCAGAUUUAACAACGCGCCUUAUGGGGACUCCCGUUGAAGUCAUUAAACGGCGUCGUUUCAUCGUAAUUGAUGCUAUUGGUUUUUGGUUUUUUCAAAUUUAUUUAUCAGCUAAUAAAUUUUGCGUUGAUGAA